ACUGAUGAGAGAGAAAACAAGAGGAGAGAGGGCCAAAACGCUUCAGACUAAAAAGAAGAUUUACAACAAAAAUUCCUCUUUCUUCCACGCAAUCCAAACCCCUCUUCUCUCUCUAUUAUUCUCUUUUCUUCUCCCUUCAAUCCAUUUUCCCCUGUUUCGACUUCUCAUAAUUAACUCAUACCCGUCUCUUCUCAUCGCUGAAUUUCCUUCUCUUUGUUUUGUGGCCUUUUGGGGUCAAUUCCUUUACUGGGUAUCUGCAGGACUCAACAAAGUUCUACACUCUUUCAGGGUCUCUCUUCGCAUAAUCGCCCCUAACUUUUUGUGGGUUGCUGCACAAUGCAUUAAUUAUUCAAUCACUUUGGGGAAUGGACUGGCUGUAUUUGUUGACUGUCAGUGUGUGUGAAUGAUGUUCAGUGGGCAAAGGGGUGCUAAUGCGCUUAACAUAUUUAAAUGGAAACUGGGCGGUGAAUCAUCUUUGACGACAGGAUUGCUUAAUGAUGUGCCCCCUGAAAUUGAAUUAUCUGAUUACCAAAGAGCCCCAAGUCCUGGUAGUGAAAGCCCAUCCGGGCUUCUUAAUGGUGAAAGCUUGAAUGUGGAACCAAUUACUGAUUUGGACCUGUUCUUUGAGAGGCUUUAUAGCUACUAUUGUGAGAAAGGGCUUUGGUGCAUUAUAAUAAAGUGGAUAGUUGAGCUCUUGAGCCUAGCUUUUACCAUAUGUUUCUCAGGAUUUUUCUUAUUGUAUGUUGAUUGGAAUGGUCUUCGCAAUGCAAAGUGUGGGAUGGAUGCAGUUGAAUCUGGUAUUAAACCCUGUGAUCUGUCUAAGGAAGCUCUUCAUCAGCAUCCGUUAACUCCUUUUUCGCUCUCCAAAGCUAUUAUUGUUGGGUAUUUGGGUAUAUUUUCCAUCUAUUGGAUCUUCUGUUUUUUAAGGUUUUUUGCACAAUUAAGGGACAUUCUAAACAUCCGUCAGUUCUAUUACAACAGCCUCCAUGUGACAGACAAUGAAAUAAAAACCAUGCCAUGGGCAUCAAUUCUUGAAAAGGUUGUUCAUUUGCAAGUUUCACAACAAUUGUGUGUGGUCAAGGAUCUUUCAGCUCAUGAUGUGGUGAUGCGAUUGAUGCGGAAGGAGAAUUACUUGAUUGGAAUGCUCAACAAAGGGGUGCUUGCUUUUCCAAUCUAUCAGUGGGUCCCAGGUGCUGGUCCAGCUGUCAAGAAUGGCCCGAAUGGUACUCGUAAUUGUCUAAUAUUAACAAAGACUCUUGAAUGGACCUUAAGUUGGUGCAUACUGCAGAGCAUGUUUGACAGAAACUUUUGUGUUCGAAGGGACUUCGUUUCUAAUCCUAAAACCUUAAAGAAAAGGCUUAUGGUAGUUGGCCUUGCUAUGCUGCUUCUUUCUCCGUUUCUUGUCAUAUUCAUGCUGGUAUAUCUCUUCCUGAGACAUGCUGAACAAUUCUAUAAUCAUCCAAGCACAGCAUCAUCUCGAAGAUGGUCAAAUCUCUCGAAGUGGAUAUUUAGAGAAUUUAACGAGGUUGACCAUUUGUUCAAGCACCGGAUCAAUAGCAGCAUAGCUCAUGCUUCUGAUUAUCUAAAGCAGUUCCCCUCACCUAUUAUAUCUAUCAUUGCAAAGUUCAUCUCUUUUGUUUUUGGUGGCUUUGCUGCUAUUCUGAUCAUUAUAGCUUUUCUGGAGGAAUCUCUGCUGGAAGGCCAUAUAUUUGGUCGCAACUUGUUUUGGUAUGCUGCUGUUUUCGGAACUAUAACAGCUAUUAGUCGGGCUGCAGUGACCGAUGAACUUUUGGUUCUUGAUCCGCAAGGGACUAUGUCUCUGGUUGUCCAGCACACACACUACAUGCCAAAGAGGUGGCGUGGAAAAGAAAAUACUGAGAUUGUCCGGAUUGAGUUCGAAACUCUAUUUCAGUACACUGGAAUGAUGCUUCUGGAGGAGAUGGCUUCAAUUUUUCUCACUCCGUACUUACUCAUAUUUGUUGUCCCAAAGCGGGUGGAUGACAUUUUGCAGUUCAUUGCGGAUUUCACUGUGCAUGUUGAAGGUGUUGGUCAUGUUUGCAGCUUUAGUGUCUUUGAUUUUCAAAACCAUGGCAAUAGCAAGUACUGUUCAGCAUACAAUUCAACUCGUGCCGAGAGGAGUUCCCAGGGGAAAAUGGAGAAAUCAUUCUUGAGUUUUCAAAAUAGCUACCCUUCAUGGGUUCCAAAUGCUCAGGGAAAGCAAUUCCUUGCGGCUCUUAGAAAUUUCAGGGACCAAAAGUUGCAAAUGCAGGGAACAAGGCCGUCAUAUUCGCCCUCUAGAGUGCAGCAACAGUCCCCAUCCCCAUAUUUGAGGGGCCAAGGUGACAGAACCAGUUUCUUCUCAAGGGAAAUGCGCCACAAUAUUCCAGAAACCGACUGUGAAUUAGGUUCCAUGUGGCCAAUCAAUACUGAUCAGAGGAAUUAUCCUUAUAUUCUUGACUGGUAUUAUACUGCUCAACCUCACCAUUUAAGUAAUAAUUCAGGAGAUGUUCCAGCAGGACCUUUUGACGCUGACGAGGAAGGCCCAAAAGACUUUUGGACGCCAUCCCACUUGGCACGAAAUGAAGCAAGAUAUGAAGAUAGCUGGGGAGGCCUUUUUGAGAACCGAUCAGAGAGUCAUCUGGAAGCUUCUACAUCAGCUCCUUUGUUCCGGGAAAGCGUUCUACAUCAUCAUGACUCGCAUGAUGUGCCUCACUCUUCCAGGAGCCAUUGGUGGGCUAGAAGUAAUCCACAUGGUGUAGACCCCCAGACAAGUUUUCUUGAGCCUCCAAAUUUCAACCACACAACCUCUGAUAACUACAAUGACAAUAUAUCCAAUAGAAGUUUGGAGGAAGAAGAACAGCACUUGGACUGGAGGAGCUCUAACAGGUUAUCCCGGACCUACUACAUGGAUGAUUUAGAUGGAGGAGAAUUUAAUCUUCCCUUUGAUGAUAUUUAUAGUAGACCUUCGGAAAGCCCCACGAAUCCAGAUCCUGCAAACUUAGUGUGAUCAAUUGAGUUUUCAGGUAUUUGAAACGUGUAUCGGUUUCCAAUAGUAUGGACUUUGAUCUUCAUCCUUAACUUAAGAAGGAAGCUCUAUAUUAUUCUUUGUUGUAUAUAAUUCUUUAGAAGGUUAGAUUCUGAACAUGCAUCCACUUGAUUUAGAAGAAGGUGGCCAGUUGUUUCAAAGUGUCACCUUAAGCCCACCAAAAAUGUAAAGAUGGGACCAAAUCAGUUAUUGAUCAUUUCAAUUUUUAUUUGAACAAAGAUAUUACUUCUAA